UUGAAGAGACAUCCUACCGCUCGAAGCGUACCCAUUUGAGCUUUCUCUUCCUGAUCGCUUCAGCCAAUUUCUCCAUGAGAACAACAAAGUAUGCCCUAAUUUCUUCAAAGAUCAAAUCUUUAUCAAAACGUAGACCUUCUCAGGCUUCAAUCCCUAGUUCCCCGCUGCGGGGUCCAAUCUCUACUCCGUCACCAAGCCCUAAUCUGCGCAUCUUCGCUCGGUCCUUGACAAGUUCUCGGCUUUGGGUUCUCUCCGACGAACUGAAAGAAAUUGUUGGGUUGAUCAGAAGAAAUGAAGGCGGGAUGGAAUCCUACCUGAGUGCGAAAAGCCCGAAGCUUUCGCAUUCGGCAGUUACAGAGAUUCUUCGGUCCUUGAACAGUAGCAAUGCUUCAGCACUGAGGUUCUUCAAUUGGGUGCUGAGUUCUUCUCCAGGGUUUAAGCCUAAUCCAGAAAGUUACAACCUUGUUAUUGAUAAUCUUGGGAGAUUACAAGACUUCGGUACUAUGAUCCUUUUGCUGAAACAGUUGUCUUUGCAAAAGCAUUGCGUAACCGAGAAAGCCUUUGCUUUUCUCACAUUCUUCAGUGGUUCUAGUCUUGAGGAGCCGGUGAGGAGAGUCACUGAAGUUUUGAAUGAAGUCGGAGGGUCUUGUCGUGGCUCCGGGAUUUUUUCGUUGAUUAAGGUUCUGUGCAGAUUGAAUUCGUUUGAUCUUGCAGUGUUUGUAAUGGAGGAAACUGGGAGAAGAACCUCCUACUAUAAUGUGCUUAUUGCCGCGAAAUGCCGAAAUGGUGAUUUUCAUGACGCGCGCAAUGUGCUCGAUGAAAUGAGGAGGUUCGGUUGCGACCCGAAUAUGAACUCGUAUAACUACUUGCUUGGGAGCUUGUUUAAGCACAAGAGGGUUGUUGAAGCUUGUGACUUGAUGGAGGCAAUGGAGGGCAUGGGUUACUGUCCGAAUUCGCUGACUUUUGAAAUUGUUGCUAUUCAUGCGUGUAGGACUAAUAAGAUGGAUUUUGGUAUGGAGUUUCUGAAUAGAAUGUUGUCUGAAGGGAUUAGGCCGAGGUUAACGAUGCAUGCAGCAUUUGUUAAGGGUUAUUUCUCCGCAGGGAGAGUUGAUGAUGCUUAUAAGUAUGUAAAUGAGAUGAGUGCUAAGGAUAAAUGCUCUGCAAAUGUGAAUUAUAGCUUGCUUGCAAGGCUUUUAUUGGCAUCGGGAAGAGUAGUAGAAGCUGGUGGUAUUCUUCACGGGAUGAUGGAGAAAGGUCUUAAACCAAACUUUCCUGUUUAUGUGAAGGUAAUGAAGGAUUUGCACAAGAUGUCGAGAGGUGAUUUGUCAUCACAGUUGAAAUAUAUGUUUUCGAAAUUUAUUCCAAGUAAAGAGGCCAGGAUUAAAGGCUAUUGAUUUAGAGUUGGAAGAGGGAGACCACCUCAUCAGAAGCUGCAAAAAAAAUGAUGUGUUCGCUCAAGAAAAGAAUUGAACUCUGUAUAAUCAGUAUUUAGCAUUUGUCAGGAAAGUCAUGAUUUCACGUUUGUUGGGAAACCAAAGCUAUAAUCAAGGGAGUGCAAAACUUGAUUAUCCAAGUCAUUUGAUAGGAGUGCUUUUCUUAUUACAUAUUUCAUUGCUUGUUGACACAAUAUAUUCUCUACUACUUUAGAACAGUAUGCUAUAUGCUAGGAUGCUUUGAUGAAGAUAAAGGACUCGAGGUUCAUAUCACCAAUGAUCCAUAAGCAAGCAUUCUUUAUGUUGCACUUGCUGGUCUUUUGUUUCAGUGUCUGCAAGUGAAGAGCGGCAGAAAAAUGCUGCUGCUCAUUUUUUUUUUUUUAACAUUCAGCAAUGAGGAUGAACUGUGAUAUGGCAGAACACCGGGAAUCACAUAUAGGAUUAAAUAGGAUCUCAAUUUUGGCAUGAAGGUCAGAGAAUUGAGAAAGGAGGAGGGCGAAGGUGCAAUCUACGAACUCACUCUCCUGCAGCAGGCAGAAAGAGAACUGGAUAUUCAUUCUAGGAAGUCAGAGUGAUUAUAAUGAUUUUACAGGCUUGUAUGCGUGCUUUUACGCAGUUUCGUACACGUGGAAAAGGAAAUCUGUAGAGGGCCCUAUGCAGAAUGUCAUAUAGGGAGAGUUGAAGAUGACGCUUGGAUUAUUGUUGUAGUCGCGAUCAAUGUGAUCGCCUAUUUAUUAGCGUAGCCAUACUUUGCGCACGGAAACACAAUAACUGGUUGCAGUGAUACACAUUAGUGAUAUGUACAUCAAGAUUUGUGACAUAUUAGAUGUUACUCGAAUUCUAUUGUGGCAUUGAUUUGACA